AUGUUUGGUGAGGGUACCAAUAACAGCAGUGUUGGGUCCAAUGAUUCCCAUACCCGCAUGUUGGAUCACCAAGGAUUGAAGUGGCACGCCAACGAUAACUACUCGGUUGCCCAAAGCGCCAAUCUACGGGGAAGAGUCACUCAUGCAUUGAGUAAUGAUGCUUUAGCUCAAGCUCUGAUGGACUUUAGUUCUCCGACGGUAGGGCUUGAAAAUUUUGAAGAGUGGACGAUUGAUUUGAGGAAGCUGAAUAUGGGCGAGGCUUUUGCGCAAGGAUCUUUUGGGAAACUCUACCGAGGUACUUACAACGGGGAGGAUGUCGCUAUCAAAAUCUUGGAGAGGACUGAGAAUGAUAGGGCACAGGUUCAGUUGAUGGAACAACAAUUUCAGCAGGAGGUUAUGAUGCUUGCUACAUUGAAGCAUCCUAAUAUAGUUCGUUUCAUAGGUGCAUGCCGUAAACCUAUGGUCUGGUGCAUCGUUACUGAGUAUGCUAAGGGUGGAUCAGUUCGACAGUUCUUAAACCAACGUCAAAACCGAGCAGUUCCCCUUAAACAAGCUGUCAAACAAGCUUUGGAUGUUGCAAGAGGCAUGGCUUAUGUUCAUGGUCUAGGGUUGAUUCACAGGGACUUGAAAUCUGACAACCUAUUGAUUUUUGGUGACAAGUCAAUCAAAAUUGCUGACUUUGGAGUGGCUCGGAUUGAGGUGCACACUGAAGGAAUGACUCCCGAGACUGGAACAUACCGUUGGAUGGCUCCGGAGAUGAUCCAACAUAGGCCUUACACACAUAAAGUGGAUGUAUAUAGUUUUGGGAUUGUUCUCUGGGAGCUUAUCACUGGUAUGCUUCCAUUUCAGAACAUGACAGCAGUACAGGCAGCAUUUGCAGUUGUCAACAGAAAUGUCCGCCCAAUCUUGCCCGAUGAUUGUUUGCCUGUUCUCCGUGAAAUCAUGACAAGGUGCUGGGAUGCCAAUCCUGAUGUUAGGCCACCAUUUGCUGAAAUUGUAGCAAUGCUUGAAAGUGCCGAGAUUGAGGUCAUGACAACAGUCCGGAAGGCCAGGUUCAGGUGCUGCAUAUCCCAACCAAUGACGGCGGAGUGAUCC